AUGGCUAAUCACUACAUAAUUUUCGGAAGAAAAGUUCCAACUCAUGUUUUAGCAAUAACAACAUUAGGUUUAUUAGCUGGAUCAAUUGCUAUUCCACCAUUAUUAGGUAUAAAAGAUGAAGAAACUAAAACAAAAGCUGCUAAAAAUAGUCCUCAUAAUAUAGUACAGAAUAAAGGAGAACAAAAAGAAGUAAAUAAAUUAGAAAAGGAUUUUAGUAAAGAUCAAAGAAGUAAUCCAUAA